AUGCGCGCGAUCCCGCUCCAGAAGCUCGAUGAUUGCGCGCGACUGGGCACCCACCUCCAUCAUCACAGUGGCGAGCUGAGCAGUCGUCUACAGCAGCUGUCCGAACUGGGAGAGUGCCGCUUGAGCGCCGAUCCGGACGUGGUCACGGCUACCGCGGGCUCCUCGGCCAACCUCUCGUUCCGCAUCACCUCCCAGGACACCGGGCAUGGCGCCUGCGAGGUGGCGAGAGCCACGUGGUUCAAGACGCGGGGCAACGAACGCUUGGCCUCCUACGAUGCCUCCACCGCCAUCUGGCUCCUCCCGGACUCCGCCAAAGUUCGAUACGGGGCCAGGGUGGAGCUGAGCCCGGGAUUCGUCAUCGGGAGCGGUGGCAGGGGCUCGGUGUGGCUCCGACUGCUAGAGCUGAGGAUGGAGGACGCUGGGAUUUUAAGCUCCCUGUAUCUGCGCUGCGUCGUGCACCAGGGCUCCCCUCCCAUCUCCUACUCGUGGCUCAGGGGGGACGCGAGCUCGGGGGGGAACCUCACAGCGACCGGGGUCCACACGGAGACGUGGACCCUGCACGACGCGCGGCACGGGGACACGGUCGCCUGUGAGGUCAACAACACCGCAAAUAUGACGACGGAGAGGAGCGACAUCAUGACAGUGACGACAGCAGCGUCCGGAGGUGAUGGCACGAGUACUCAGCACUACAUCUACUGGUCCCCUGUUCUCAUCAUCCUGAUGCUCAUCGCGAUCGCGUGCCUCAUCAUUUACCACCACCACAAAGGGAGGCGACAGGAAGCUGCUCAAGACGAUUCACCACCAUCACCACCACCUCGUCAUGAGGAUGAGUACGAGGCGCUGGGACAGAGGGAGAGCGUCUAUGACAGCCUGGAUCCGUCGCAGGUUCAGACAACAAACUUCUCCUCCAAGACUCGACCCGGACGUGGGCAGGGAGCGACUCGAGUCCACCAUCCAAGGGGCGGUCGACAGGCUUCUGAUCAAUACGAAAAUCUUCCUCCUGAGCACGAGUACGAGGCGCUGGGCCACAGGGAGGUUCUCUACGACAGCCUCGAGCCGACGCGAGUCCAGGGUCGGGGUAAACGGGGACGCAAGGAACCCGGUCACACGUCCAGACGAACUUCGGACGUCUCCAAGAUGUGAAACAAACGGAAGCAAAGAUCCUGGACCCCACCACCAGAAGCAGUUCGAUAAGCAGCCCUGAAGCAGCCCAUACAAAUAGCUGUUAAGGCGUUCUGGAAAACCUCAUAACCCAGCUUUGUAUACAAACAUAUAUAUCUGCCCUGUCGUUGGAUGGCUUAAAUAUCCACUUGUGACACUUCUAGUUUACGUGAUUAUUGUACUCUGCAACCAGAAAAAUCGUGCAUUUGGUCAGACUGGGUGGUGGAGUGGUGGCAGUGGUAACUCGCGUUCCUUGUGCAGGAAGGGCCUCGGUUUAAUUCCCCACUCGGGUGAUUUCCUCUGUCGACUCUGCAUGCUCCUCAACCCCCCCCCCCCCCCUGCUCUGCCUGGGUUUCCUCUAGGUGACUUGUGCAUCUCGAAAGCCAGAGGAAUGUGCCACGUGACUGGAAUUGGCCUGCAAAUAAAUAAAUAAAAUAAUCACUUGGGAUCGCAUCGAGCAACAUCGCCCGCUUCUCCCAACAUUUUGCGGGAUUCUUGCAGAAAAUAGCACAGAGACUCAGCGAGGCUUUCCUGAGUAAGCAAGCAAAAUUAAAUAUCGAUAAGGAACAUUUUAUUCCAAAAUAAAAAUGUCUCAUUCACUUAAUGGGCCUCAUCUGAUUUCGAACCCUGAUUUAUGGACUAUGACAUCUUGUGGGUAAUUCGGCUUUUUCCCGAGACACAAACUCAAUAAAAAUGUACAGGGUAGUGGCAGGACAGAAUGACGGACAAAUAGAGAAAAAUAUAAUCUAUUUACAACAAUGGCACCGCUUGUAUUAAGAAUUUUUAA